AUGAACCUUGACCACUAUUCAUCCCAACAAAGGUCAUCUCAGCUACCCCAAUCACAGCAACAGCAACAGCAACAGCAACAGCAACAGCAACAGCAACAGCAACAGCAACAGCAACAGCAACAGCAAGCGCAACAGCAACAGCAACAGCAACCUCUUCAACAAUAUCAACAUGUACUACCUCAGCAGGGAUCCUUGCAAGACUUCUCUUCCGCAGAUCUGGAAUUAUCAACAACUCAUCAGCAAUACCAACAACAACCAACUACAUUUCCACCCUUGCAAGCCCAACCUGAGUACUUUCAAGAACAAAUUCCCGAACAACAUUAUAUGCAACCAUUGAACCCUCCCACCUAUGUUCAAUCGCAACGCAUACCUCCUUCGUCACAACCACCAGGGCAAUAUUACGGUGCUUCUUCACACCCUGCAUAUAUGACACAAGAAAGCAUCAACUUAAGCAUGCCUCAAUCACAACGAUUUCCUAAUUAUAGAGUUACUGACCAGCACAGUAACAUUGCAUUUACAAAACAACCUACUACUUAUGGCGCUUCUUUAGGUCCGCCGCCUCAACCACCACAACAUCAGUACCUGCGACCGUUGCAACAAGGAGAAUCACACCAUCCAACUUCACAAAUGGCACUGAGUCUGGAAUCACAAUACGAGCCGGUUCCAAGCCUGUCAUCAACAGGUAACCCACUUGAUGAGUCGAGUCAGCAAAGUAGAUUCAGCCAGACAACUACCUCAUCUCUGUACACACUGCAACCACAUAUAGCAUCACAACUACAGUAUGAUACACUACAAGAGAAUGCGCAAAAGGGGCCACCUCAACCACCAUUAAAUGUCAAAAGGCACAAAAGAAAUAACUCCUCCAUCUCAUCUGUUUUACACUCCACUGCAUACGAGGAUGAAUUAAAAAGUAUGGCACAUGCAAAAGUAAACAUACCAUUGGCUGAGUUGGCAAGAAGAAUAAAAGAACUGGAGUAUGACACUUCCAGCUUAUCGUCAAGUUCGAGAUUGACAUCACAGGAAGGAUCAUCUGCUACGUUUCCAACUUCCUCGCCAUUAGCAACGACAGAAAAGCCCCAAAAUACAAAAGAAACACAACGACUGGUUUUUGGAAUGGUGUGGCUAUUGACAUCGUGUGAGGUUUCACCAACCGCAGUUAUACCUCGUAACAGAAUAUAUGCCAGGUAUGUCCAAAUUUGCGCUGACAAUAGUCUAUCGCCUUUGUCUCCUGCCAGUUUUGGUAAAUUGGUGAGAAUUUUAUAUCCAACAAUAACAACGCGAAGGUUGGGAAUGAGAGGACAACUGAAAUAUCAUUAUUGUGGAAUUCGAUUGAAAGGUGAGCAAAGUAUGCAACUGCAGUUGAUUCAGAAACAGCAGCAGCAGCAACAACAGCGAUCUCAUCACAGAGGACAAUCAUUGGGAUCAGAUUUUGCCACGCUGUUACAAUUGCAAUCUCCAGUUCGCCCUGGAAUCGGCGCAGUCUCUGCUGCUCAGUCCCCAUUGUCAACAACUUCAUCAGUCUCGUAUGAAGAAUCACCAAGAUCAACAUUUGGAGGGGAAACACCGACUUACAGCGCUAUCAAUUCACCAUCAGUGCUCUCCUCGUUCCCCACUUCGGAUCAGCUACCACUGGUGUCGCAUAUGAAGUACGUACCCGAUUUAUUCAAGCUCUUGGGGCUGGAAUCAGUAGCCACCAAGUCGUAUCCAUAUACACCAAUAGAACUACCACCCAUAUAUUCAUACCUACCAAAAGACACUGACCGCGAUAUCGCUGAUACAUUAUCCUCCUUGUACAAAGUUCAUGUCAAUACAAUAUUUGAGUCACUUCGAUUCAUGCAACUAAAACGACUAUUUUCAACAUUCAACAAUUUUAACAGCAUAUUAUCGUCUCCCGUUUCCAAGUUGUACACCGCUGACUCAGUGAUUGAGUGGGUGCAGCAAUGUGAUUUGCUCAUGUACAAAAAAAUGGUACGAAUGUUGAGCAAAUUGCAUAUGCAAUAUUUGAUGCCUCAGGAAAAUAUCAAUCAGUUGAAGACAAUUGCAUCAAACUAUACACGUACGUUAGCUAAUUCCAUUAUCAACUCACGAAAUUCGAAAACUUUCAUUACAAUGAAAUUAAAAAUGGCCAAACACUUUGUCAAUUUACUCAAUCGUUUAAUCAAGGUCAUUGAAACUGGAUCCACUGCAUCUAGGAUAUUGAAUGACGAUACUGAAAAACAAGUUAUGUUGCAAGAUUGGCAAAAGCUAAACUUUACUGAGAUGGUUUCAAGAGAUGUUCCUUGCGCCGAUGAAUCCAACUUGAAUACUUUAAUUUUCAUAUUAAGUGAAGAGGUUGUCAAAAUAGUUGAAACUCCUUCAGAUGAAAACAGUUCACUCAUGCAAACAUAUGCCAAUUUUGUUGGUGGAUUACCAUCACAAUUCCCCACUGUCAGUCCUCGAAUGUUUUUGCUACUAUCCUCAAACUUGUUGACGUCCAUUCUUCGAGAAAUAAGUCUUAAAAGUGGCGACGGAUUUGGAGCAUGGUGGAUAGUGAGGUGUUGGGUUGAUGAAUAUUUGGCGUGGAUAAUGGAGGUGGGUGGAUUUUUCCAGGAUGAGCUAAUGACAUAUACAACUGAAGGCCAAGAACCAAAACUGGGGGACAGAACUGAUGAGCCACAAAAAGAUGAAGAGAGUCACCAAGGGCAGACUAGUGGAGCCACUGGGGGUCAAGCUGAAGAGGAGUACGAUUUAAGUUGUGAAACAUCCAUUGACUUGUUAGGGUAG